AUGGACAAGGUUCAAAGUUCUUUCACCUUUCUAGUUUUGUUUUUAAUGGAAUGCCCACUUCUUCUAUGCUUGCCUUAUGGAGGCUACAAACAGUCACAAACAUCCACAAAUGUCACUAAGCAGGAAGGUGUUUUCUCAAGACUCAGAGCUCCAAGACCUAUUAUGCCCAAGCAAUUCACAGGGCGUAAUGGCCGAGGAUGGCCCCAGCCAGUGCACCACCAUCCAUCUCCACCGACUGGCACAGGCACAGGCAGUGGGGAGAGUCGUCCACCUGACCUCAGGAAGAGCAGCCGGAAUCUCAGAGCACAUCCGACGCUGGCGAGCGCUGAGACCUGGAAUGCAGCACUGAUUUCGCACAGACCUGCUCUUGUUCAAGUAAUUAUAAUUGCAUGUGUAGCCUUUACCAUUGCCCUGGUAUGUGGAAUCGCGAUUUCUUAUGUGAUAUAUCGGCUGGUGCACGCGGAGGAAAGACAGCAACUGGUGUGGCUUUAUAACAAUGUCAGUGUACCAUUCCUGGGAGGAGACAACGACAAUGUGGGUGAGGACUCUGAGAGCGAGAGCCUGGAUGAGUCCGCCUACCUGCUUCCAGAGAAUGAGGAGGAGCUGGAGAAGUUCAUUCACUCAGUUAUUAGAUCCAAAAGAAGAAAGCAUGUGGAAAACAAAAGAUUGAGGAAAGAGCAAAAUUUAUUAAAGGGAACAAAAAUGGGGAAUUCUAUGCCCGGUAUAUUCUCAGAGGAUCUAUGA